GCUUCGAAGGACGAUUUGGAGACUGACCCUCCAUGUCAUGCUAAAGCUGAAUCUAAGUGUCAAGGUCAGAUCGACGCUCUCUAUGAAUGCUGCAACUCAUUCUAUGCGCGUAAUGGAGAUGAAGCAAAAUCCGUAUGCUGUCCUCAAGCUAGUUUGCUGAGGCUGAAGAUGAAGCAGAGAGCCGAGGAGUCGUCCAAGAGGUAG